UUACAGAAUGCAGAAAAUAAAGGAAAAAAAAAUAGAGAAAGUAAAUGUGAUAAUGUAGCAUACAUGAUUGCACAGGUGGUCGUGCCACUGCAGGCAUCUUGUUUUAAAGAUGCCUCAGCUCACGAGUUUAUCUCUUCCAUUAGUCUUAGAGGGAAAUCAUGGAUCGUGACUAUAUUGAAGAUUUCGAGACCAAAUUGGACUCUCCUUUUCCCAAAAUUACACCUUUUUGUCCAUAAAUGCCCUCCCUAAAACCCUGCACUUCUUUCUUACUUCAUUUGCUCCCUUCUCUAUUUUGUACAACACCAGCGAAAAAACCACCCUGUUUCCGUCACUUUCCUCAGAAAGUUUUGAAUUUUAUCUGUCAAGUUAUUAUUAUUAUUAUUUUAUUUAGUAAUGGAGGAGAAUGAACCUUUGCCUGAACACCUUCGCUGUAACCGGAAAGAUGGGCGCCAAUGGAGGUGCAAUAGGAGAGUCAUGGACGACAAGAAGCUCUGUGAAAUUCACUAUCUCCAGGGACGCCAUAGACAGCACAAGAGAAAAGUACCCGAGUCACUCAAAUUGCAAAGGAAGUACCGGAAGAAAUCAACUGCCAAUGCUGAUUCACUGCCUGACAAUGUCGAAAUUAGGGCACGGAAAGAGGAAAAAUUGUCGAGAAUGGUGAAAUUGGGGAAGCCUAUCAAGAGAAAGAAAUCUAUUGGAGAAUCUGAAGCGCUUGAUCAGGUUGUGAAGAAGAAGAAGAAGAGGCUAAAGAGAGGGGACUUGCUGCUGGAGCUAGCAAGAAUAGUAUUGAGAAGAGAAGUAGAGAAUAGGAAAAAGAAGAAAAAGAAGAAGAAGAAGAAGAUAAAGAAAGUAGUGGUAGAUGAGAUUGGUAGUGAUAAUGAUAACGAUAUUGAUAGCAGCAAUAGUGAGGGAGAGUUAACGAGAGAUUUGCCUAAUGGAUUAAUGGCAAUAUCCCCCGCUAAACAUUUUGGCAAUGUGGAUGCUGCUGGUGCUUCUUCUUCUAUGCCCUGUGACAUCAAAAUUGGAGCAGCUGAUUUCAGUGCGGUUAGUAGAAGAUGUUUUCGGUCUAAAAACAUUGAGCCAAUGCCAAUUGGUACAUUGCAGGUUGUACCUUUCAAGAAGGAUAUGUUAAGACUCAGGAGGGGAAAGAGGAAAAAGUGCCAUUUGUGCAGGAGAAGUGGAUUGAAGACUUUAAUAAGGUGUUCGAACUGUAGAAAGCAAUUCUAUUGCAUGGACUGCAUCAAAGACCAGUAUUCUGAUAGGCAAGAAGAAGUCAAGGUAGCAUGUCCAGUUUGCCUUGGAACUUGUGGCUGCAAGGCCUGCUCAGCAAUUCAAUGUAGGGACAUUGAAUGUAAGGACUUCUCCGAGGACAAGAGUAAAGUCAACAAAGUUUUACAUUUUCAUUACUUGAUCUGUAUGCUUCUUCCAGUACUGAAACAACUAAAUCAAGAUCAAAGCAUUGAGCUAGAAAUAGAGGCAAAAAUAAAAGGCCAGAAACCCCCUGAUGUUCAAAUCCAGCAGGCAUCAGUUUGCUGCAAUAAGAAGUGUUGUUGCAAUAAUUGCAAGAGUGCCAUUGUGGAUUUCCAUAGAAGCUGCCCAAGCUGUUCCUAUAACCUUUGCCUAAGUUGUUGUCAAGAUUUUUUUCAAGGGAGCUUACUUGGAAGUGUUGCAACCCAUUUGUGCAAAUGCCCUGAUAGAAGGAAUACCUGUGUAUCUGGAAAACAACUAUCAGGGACCAAAUCAGCAUGCAUCUCAAAGUGGAAUUGUGGCAAUAAAAUUUUAGAUUCUUCUAUGUUAUUGCCUAGUUGGAAAGUUCCUGAUGGUAAUAGUAUACCUUGUCCCCCCACCGAGGUUGGUGGUUGUGGUGAUAGCAUCCUUGAAUUAAGUUGUGUCUUCCCCUCAAGUUGGACUAAAGAACUGGAAAUGAGUGCUGAGGAAAUUGUUGGUUGCUAUGAGCUGCCAGAGGCUGUGGAUAUUUUCUCACGCUGCUCCUUGUGCCUUGGAAUGGACUGUGAAGUUAAUGGGAUUAUGCAGUUGCAAGAAGCAGCUAAAAGAGAAAAUUCUAAUGAUAACUUUCUGUAUUAUCCUACUGUUAUGGAUGUCCAUAGUGAUAAUCUUGAACACUUUCAGAAGCACUGGAGCAAAGGUCAACCUGUAAUAGUUCGUAAUGUUCUUUCCAGUACAUCUGAUCUUAGUUGGGACCCAAUAGUCAUGUUCUGCACCUAUCUUAAAAAUAAUUCUGCCAAGUCUGAGAAUGAACAGGCUGCUGAUUGCUUGGACUGGUUUGAGGUUGAAAUUGGUAUCAAGCAAUUGUUCAUGGGGUCUUUUAAGGGUCCAGCACAUGCCAACUUGUGGCGUGAAAAACUAAAAUUGAAGGGCUGGCUUUCUUCCCAUUUAUUUCAAGAACAUUUUCCAGCUCAUUAUGCUGAAAUCCUUCAUGCUCUGCCGCUCCCAGAAUACAUGGAUCCUGUUUCUGGUAUUCUAAACAUUGCUGCAGCAUUGCCAGAGGAAAUCAUGAAGCCUGACCUAGGUCCAUGUGUCUAUAUCUCUUAUUGUAGUGGUGAGAAUCUUGUUCAGGCCGAUUCUGUGACAAAAUUACGAUAUGACUCAUAUGAUAUGGUUAAUAUUUUGGCACAUGCCACUGAUGUCCCUGUAUCUACAGAACAGCUUAACUAUAUAAGAAAGUUAAUGACAAGACACGAGGAGCAAAAUGAAGUGAGCGGAGCUGCUACAAAUGAUGGGCAAAAUGUGGAAGAAGUAGGAUUGCAUGAUAUGAUCACAGAAGAAAUGUGCUUACACAAGAAAGUUGCUAGGGUGUCCUGGUUUUCUGCUGCCUCUCGCAAAGAACAAACAAGUCUCAAGAAUACAGACAUUUUACUUGAUGAGGAACAUGAUUCUGAUUCCGAUACAGAUACAGAUACUGAAGUCUCAAAAUUUUUCUUUGGGCCUGUUAAAAAUUUUAGGACGGCAGAAAAUCUCAAGUUUUGUGGGAAGAAUAUAGAUGGUUCAGAUCAUUCUGGAAAGCAAAAAUCUGAGUCUUGUGGUGCCCAGUGGGACGUCUUCCGUAGACACGAUGUUCCAAAGCUUGUUGAGUAUCUUAGAAUGCACUCCCAUGAGUUCACUCAAACAUAUGGCCUUCAAAAGCUUGUAGCUCAUCCAAUACUUGAUCAGAACUUCUUUCUUGAUACAACUCAUAAAAUGAGGCUUAAGGAGGAGUUCGAAAUUGAACCUUGGACCUUUGAGCAACAUGUUGGAGAAGCUGUCAUCAUUCCUGCUGGCUGCCCAUACCAAAUUAGGAAUCUUAAGUCAUGCGUUAGUGUUGUAUUGGAUUUUGUCUCGCCUGAAAAUGUUACUGAAUGCAACCGGUUGAUUGAUGAAGUUCGUCUGCUUCCAGAGAACCAUAAAGCUAAAUUAGAUAGUCUAGAGGUGAAGAAAAUGACACUUCAUAGUAUUAACAGAGCAAUCAAAGAAAUCCGUGAGCUUACCUGUGCAGAGACAAGUUCUGAUCUCAGUGAUCGACAGUGAAGGCAGAUGAUUGAAAUGGAUCUGAUUUACAUGCAUCUGAGCCCUUCCUCUUACCAAUUGUAUUGUGUCAGGAGUAUUGUACUCUGCCAAGCAUGCACAGCAUUUGUAAAUCUGUGAUAUCGGCAGCAACAAGAACUCAAUAUCUGCAGAUUUAAGUAAAAAGAUUGGCAUUCAUUCUUCUGAUUCUAUUGCAACAUGUGUGUGCAAUUGUUAAUAGUAUCUUGAAAAUGUAUUCCUUGGAGUUUGGAACUCUGUUUAGCCACCCUUGUCAACGGUGGACAAAUAGAUUAAUCAGUACAGUGGCACUCCUCUUGAUUAUACAAUCUUAUGUAGAAAUUCAUCACAAUGACCUAAGGCCCCCAAAAUUUAUAGGAAACAAUCUCUUCACUGUGUUGUAUGGUGCGAGUAUGGGAGGUAAAGACAAAACAGGAUUGUGCAUUUUGGAUUUUGACAAGAAAAAAUAGAGCAAGGGAUAAUAUUUCCUCCUUCCAUCUCCCUACUUCCACUCUUAUUAUGGUCUUCAUCACCCAUACUUGCCUCCAGCAGAGGAUGCAAGCCCAUCAAAUUCAUCUUACAUUCCCGAAAAGUAUUUUUGGGCCAUUGGGUCAGCCCAGUUAUGGGUUUCUGGUAGCAGGAUUUUUUGUUUUGGGGUGUACUUUAACAAGGCAGCAAAAGUAAGAUCAUGUAUAAAAUCUUUAUUCAAAUUAUCAACAAUACAUUUUUUUUUUCUAAA